GGCCAUGAUUGCUAGGUUGAAAUGUUGUUUUAGUUAAGUCAUCGUAAAGCAAAGGAAUUAACAUAUUUGUAAGACAGUAGUUUGCUGUAGGAUCAUUUAAUCUACCUGCAAGAUAAAGGAAUUAACAGGAAACGGGACGAAAGCCGAAGUUUUAAGACAUUUCUGACAAUGUGUAAUCUGAUGAUUUUUCGAAAGGAUGGAACAUAAAAGUUUUUCAAAAGCUUCUGUGUUUUGUGAUUCAGUCAAAAUACAGUUCAUUUUACAUUUUAUGGCUGGUAUUAAUCAACUCAUUCAACUAUAAUCAAGCAUGAUGACCAGAGAAGAUUGCAGGAUUCCAGUCUGCACUGAAACUGUGUUACCACGCGCUAUGAUGCAAUAUGCAGUACUACUCAUGUAGUAUGCAGUACUACAGCUGCGCGAAAAGAUAAAUUUGCAAUCGACAUUAACGUGACACGGACACAGAUGUAGGUUAUCUACUAUGUCAAGGCAAGGAUUUAUGAAUGUAAAAUCGGGUUGGAGAAUGAAUAAAACGAUAUGUUAAUGCAGUUUAUUCGGUGUAUAUUAAGUUUGAUAGCGAACUGGACGAAUUGAGUGUGUGUACAGGGUAAUCAUGGAAAUAUAAAGAAGUUGCAGUAGUGACGUCUAAUUCAAAUUAAAAUUAACAGCAAAUUAAGAUUAAAGAAAGCGGAGAAGAUUGUAUUAUGGAAUUAAAUGGUAAAUUAGUGGCAAAAAAUAAUUCAAAACAAUCUGCCAGUUUGAAAGCAGAAGCGGAAAUUAACGUGGGAACCGAAGCAACGGAUGCAAUCAUCAAAAAGACAGAAGAUAUAAGACUCAUCUAUGACAAAACUCAAGAACUUGAUGGCAUUCUUGAACAAUCAGACACCAGUUUCUGUGAAGAACCUAAAGUAAAUGAGAAGCAGAAUGAUGGAAAAUUGUUGAGUAAUACAAAAGAAAACGACCAGUUAGAAGAAUAUUUAAAUAACAUUUUUGAGAAUGAGUGCAGAUUUUCAGUAGAGGAAAACGAAUUAGAAUUCAUACAGACAGGCAUAGAAAAGUAUUUACUAAAGCAUAUUGAUGACUUCUAUCAUGUUUAUGCAAAUGGAGAAUGUAAAUUACGGGGAUGUGAUAUAAAGCACUGCACACCUGAACUACUGAAGGUCGGUAGUUUUUAUGAGGGGACAAGAAAUAAGUUUCCUGAUGAGUUUGACUUUAUUGUUGUAAUUGGAACGGUUGAUGAACUGCCAAUAAAAACAGUGACCGACCAUAGUAAAUGCCCAUGUCGUGAAAAGCGCUCUUUCCGAUAUGAAUCUGACCAAGAUGCCUCAACUGUCAUAGAGUUUGUUAAAAUGUCUUCUCAUGGCCCAGCAGCAAAAAUUAUCCUCUGUUACAAAGAAGGUAGUAAGGAACAAUUAAUCUCUGUGGACAUUGCAACUGCUAUUCGUUUCGUGUAUACACGUGAUAUACACAAUGUCAGAAAUAUAACAAAAGAAGAUGAUGUUUUUCAUUCUGAAUUUCAUAAAGAAAUUUUGAAAACAGGUAGUUUUCUGCUUUUGGACAGUCAAUUUUGCCUCUCCUAUCCAGGAGGAGACUGUAUUGGUCCAUUCGGUACAAGCAUUACAGAAACCGAGGUGUAUUUCAUGCAAAAUAUAGUGUCUGCAAAACAUAGGCGAGUUUACAGGUUACUAAAAUAUUUGAUAAAUGGCAACUUUAGCGAUAAGUUAUUAAAAUUGUCUAAAUCCAAAUGCCAUUUAUCUAUAGCCUCGUACAACAUAAAGACUGCUUUAAUCUAUCACCACUAUCAGUGUCAAGAUGGAAGUAUGGCUGUGUCUGACUGUGUGUUAGACAUACUUAACUACUUCUGCAAUAAAAUAAGUCCUAACAAAACCACAGAGGAUACACCUAUUUUACCAGAUUCAAAAUAUGAAGUUUUCCCUGACAGGUUAUGUACAUUUGACUUGACACGUAAAGAGCCUUCGGAAUAUGAUGCUAGCUCAUAUAGACGGUUUUCUACAACAAUGCUCUUCUUCCAAGGCCCUUUAAUCCGUGGUCCAGGAGAUUUCAUCGAAACUGUCAUCCACAUUUUCUCUGCCUUCAUACAACGACUGGUUUGCCUGAGAAAGACAUCUGCUUUCAAAAAGUGUGCUCACACUUUUAACGAUUCUCUGCUAGAAAGUUUACUCCAAACACCGUGGAUUUUUGAAUUAGCUGAAAAGGAAAUGAUAUCUCAAAAAAGUAUUCGAAAUGAAUCUGAUUGGAGGCAAUUGUCUGAAAUAAAAACUGCCGAAAAGAACUAUGACUGUUCAUGGUGCAAUUAUUCAUACGGAGGACAUUCACUUAUCUACAGUACAACUGCGCAAAGUACAGUGAUCUACAGUAGAAUCCCACUAACGGGACAACCAACGACUUUUUAAAAUUAUGGAAAUUUGUGUAAACAUUUUGAUCCAGCUUCUCACUUCAUGUAGAAAUACAAUGUAAAUAAAUUAAUUUUAAAUGUU